GUUGCACAUUUAACUGAAGAAGCGCGCUCUCUCUCUCUCUCUCUCUGUCUCUAUCUCUCUCCUCUCCUCUCCUCUCUGGAAAGAUAAGCAUAAAGAAAGAAAGAAAAGAGGAGCUUUGCUUUGCUUUCUUCCUAUUUACCAGAUUUGGCCUUUGUUUUUUCCCUUUUUUGGGGUUCAAAUGUGAAUGAAAGCCGGUAAAUGUUCUCCGACUGUUCUUGGAUUCUUCCCUGCUAUUUCCCUUCUCUCUGCUAUUUUUCUCAAUCUUUCCCUGAACGUGUUCUGUUAGCUCUUUGCCUGAUCCGAAUCUGUUCUAUUUCUCUCUGUUUGGUAAGAAAUUUUGUUGCAAUCAACCCUAUGGUUCGAUUCACUUUCCUGGAUUAAACUUUUCUCUCGGUUCAUUUUGGGUUAAGAUCGUUUUUAUUAGCUUAAAUUCAUUCUAUCUGCGUUAAUUUAGGGUUUUCUCUGUAAGGGUUGUUAUUUAAUCACAUAUAUAUAUACAUAGAGCACAUAGAACUGUCGGGAAAAUGGUGUCAAGAUCAUAUUCUAACCUCUUGGAGCUCGCCUCCGGCGAGGUUCCGUCGCCGUCUUUUGGCCGGAUUGGUCGGCGAAUUCCUAGAAUCAUGACUGUUCCCGGGAUACUGUCCGAUAUAGAUGAUGACCCGGCAGAGAGCGUGUGCUCUGACCCAUCUUCGUCGGUCCAGCGUGACCGGAUAAUAAUCGUGGCCAAUCAACUGCCAAUUAGGGUUCAAAGGAGAACUGAGAAUCCGAAGGGGUGGAUUUUCAGUUGGGAUGAGGAUUCACUUCUCCUUCAGUUGAAAGAUGGGUUGGGUGAUGAUGAAAUUGAUGUUAUAUAUGUGGGUUGCCUCAAGGAAGAAAUUCACCCUAAUGAUCAAGAAGAGGCGUCGCAGAUACUUCUAGAAACAUUCAAGUGUGUGCCUACCUUUUUACCCCCUGAUCUGUAUUCUAGAUACUACCAUGGGUUCUGCAAACAACAGCUAUGGCCAUUGUUUCACUAUAUGUUGCCCCUGUCACCUGAGCUCGGCGGCCGGUUCAAUCGUUCGCUGUGGCAGGCGUAUGUCUCGGUUAAUAAGAUUUUCGCGGAUAGGAUCAUGGAAGUGAUUAACCCGGAAGAUGAUUUUGUGUGGGUUCAUGAUUAUCAUCUUAUGGUGUUACCAACCUUCUUGAGGAAGAGAUUCAACAGGGUGAAACUAGGGUUUUUCCUCCAUAGCCCCUUCCCUUCGUCAGAGAUUUAUAAGACUCUACCCAUCAGGGAAGAGCUACUGAGAGCUUUGUUGAAUUCUGAUUUGAUUGGCUUCCACACCUUCGAUUAUGCACGCCAUUUCCUGUCGUGUUGCAGUCGGAUGCUUGGUCUGUCUUAUGAAUCAAAGCGGGGUUAUAUAGGCCUUGAGUAUUAUGGUCGGACUGUGAGUAUCAAAAUUCUUCCCGUUGGCAUCCACAUGGGCCAGCUUCAAUCUGUUUUGAACCUUCCAGAGACUGAAGCGAAGGUUGCUGAGCUAAUCAAGCAGUUCUGUGAGCAGGGUAGGAUAAUGUUGCUAGGGGUGGAUGAUAUGGACAUAUUUAAGGGUAUCAGCUUGAAGUUAUUGGCAAUGGAACAGCUACUCAUGCAGCAUACAGAGUGGCAAGGGAAAGUUGUUUUAGUGCAGAUAGCAAAUCCAGCUAGGGGCCGUGGUAAAGAUGUGAAAGAAGUUCAAGCCGAGACAUAUUCAACGGUGAAGCGGAUUAAUGAAGCCUUUGGUAAACCAGGGUACGAGCCUGUUGUCUUGAUUGAUGAGCCCCUCAAGUUUUAUGAGAAAGUUGCCUACUAUGUAGUUGCUGAAUGUUGUUUGGUCACAGCAGUCAGGGAUGGAAUGAAUCUCAUACCAUAUGAAUACAUUAUCAGUCGCGAAGGAAAUGAGAGGUUAGAUAAGGUCUUGGAUUUGAGGCUGUCCACUCCAAAGAAGAGUAUGUUAGUCGUAUCCGAGUUCAUUGGAUGCUCCCCGUCUCUGAGCGGAGCAAUUCGAGUCAACCCAUGGAAUAUUGAUGCAGUGGCAGAGGCAAUGGACUGUGCCCUGGUAAUGCCUGAACAAGAGAAACAGUUGCGGCAUGAAAAGCAUUACAGAUAUGUUAGUACCCAUGAUGUUGGGUACUGGGCACGUAGUUUUUUGCAAGAUUUGGAGAGGACAUGUAAGGAUCACGUGCGGCGAAGGAGUUGGGGAAUUGGAUUUGGGUUAAGUUUUAGGGUUGUUGCACUAGAUCCAAGCUUCAGGAAGCUAGCUAUGGAGCACAUAGUUUCUGCUUACAAAAGGACUAAAACUAGAGCAAUCCUUCUAGACUAUGAUGGUACAUUAAUGCCUCAGGCUUCAAUUGAUAAGAGUCCAGGCUCUAAAACCAUAGAAAUCAUAGAUACUUUGUGUAGAGAUAAGAACAAUAUGGUGUUUAUUGUCAGUGCCAAAACCCGUGACACACUAGAUGAGUGGUUUUCUCCCUGCAAGAAACUUGGAAUUGCAGCUGAGCAUGGUUAUUUCUUAAGGCUCGAGCGAGAUGCAGAGUGGGAAACAUGUGUACCGGCAGUAGAGUGUAGUUGGAAACAGAUUGCAGAACCAGUUAUGAAGCUCUACACAGAGACAACUGAUGGGUCCAUGAUUGAGGAUAAGGAAACUGCUUUAGUUUGGUGCUACGAGGAUUCGGAUCCUGAUUUUGGAUCAUGCCAAGCCAAGGAACUUCAUGAUCAUCUUGAAAGUGUGCUUGCUAAUGAACCAGUUACAGUCAAAAGAGGGCAGAACAUGGUGGAGGUUAAACCGCAGGGAGUAAGCAAGGGGCUUGUAGCUAAACGCCUACUUUCUACCAUGCAAGAGAGGGAAAUGUCACCUGAUUUUGUUCUGUGCGUAGGAGAUGACCGAUCUGAUGAGGACAUGUUUGAGGUGAUCAACAGUUCUGUGGCCAACGGUUCUGCAGCAGGUUCAUCCAUUGCUCCUGGCGCGGAAGUGUUUGCCUGCACUGUAGGUCAAAAACCCAGUAAGGCCAAGUACUAUCUUGAUGAUACCGUUGAAAUAGUUAGACUGAUGCAGGGCUUGGCAACUGUUUCGGGGCAAAUGGUACAUGUGUAGGCUGCAAAAAGAAAAGAAGAAAAAGUUUUCACAAAUUGAAAUAAUUAGGCCAUGAAAUGUCAUCCACAAUUGUUUGCUUUUCUUUAUCUUCACCAGUUGUAAAUUUGUAGCUCUGCUCAGAGAAUGUGCAUGGUUGGACACUUCUUCUUGGUAUUUCAUCUUUUAUCUAGUAAAGAUGUACAUACAUAAUUCCUUCCAUUA